AUGGCACUGUCGCUAUCAAAGGACGUUGCUUCGCAUCCGACUGAGAAAAUGUGGACUGGAAUGUAUAAUACCCUCGAGGGCUCUAUUUUGCGCACUAUUGUGCGUAAGAUGGAUCUUACUGGGGUGCAAAUGGUGAUGUGUGUUCGCCGGGGAGAAAGCUGGAAUUCCAGGGACUACAGAACCACCGUGCUAGUGGUUUACAAUUCGAAAGAGCCCCCCAGACAUCGCAAAAUAUCCACCGAAAACAUCCGGAAGCUUCUGGAUACCAACAAUCUGUUGGGAGUUGUGAUUGAAUUUGUACGGGGGGAGUUUGCCCGAGGCGGAUCUAGCCUGGGGGGAAAGAGCUAG